AUGGGUGUUGGCAACAAGCGCACUAUUACGAAGACGAGACGAAAAACGAGGGAUGUCGACCAGAUCAAAGCUGAUCUCCUCUCUUCCAAGCAUCUCGCACAGUUUACGAGCAGCAAAGCUCCAGAAGACCUUCCAGGUCUUGGGCGACACUAUUGCAUUGAAUGUGCGAAAUGGUUUGAUACAGAGGCUACCUUGUGCGCGCAUAGGCGUGGUAAGCCACACAAACGGAGAGUCAAGCAGCUUCGCGAAGAGCCGGACCCGGAUCCACGUACAGUUCCAGGUGCCAAACUUCAGCCUGGAUCUGAAAACCAGUCUCAAACCGGAUUGAAUGACGCAUCCGAAGGCAUGGAACUUGCUGUAUAA